AUGGCUCUUCGGCAAAGACUGGACCUCUUGCGGUGGGAAUUGCGGCAGGUGAAGCAGCUCAUUGGCGCACAUCGAAGCAGACACAGCAGCUUCGAUGCAAGAGCGGCAACAUGGGACACGCCUGAAAAGGUCCAGCGGGCGGUCUGGGUCGGUGAUGAGAUCCGACAGUUCGCCUGGUUUCGCGCGGCACCAGAGGCCAUGGGCAGAUGCCUUGACUUUGGCUGCGGCACAGGUUUGUUGUCCUUUGAGCUGCAAAAGCACUGCAGGCACGUAACGGGCCUUGACGAGUCGUCAGGAAUGGUGGAGGUGAUGCAGGAGAAGAUUUGCGCAGCAGGCCUUGGUUCCAAGAUGAUGGCCACAAAAAGUCCGUUGGCGACCCUGGGGGACUUCGACCUAAUUGUCAGUCUGCUAUGCAUCCAUCAUGUGCGCGACUGUCAAGCUCAACUUGGCGAGCUUGCACGCCAUUUGUCGCGUGGUGGCCGGGUUGUCAUCGUGGACUUUGAGGCCACGGAGAACGCUCGCCUCUUCCACAAAAAGUCGGAGGCGAAGGGUGAUCACUACGAGCAUGAUGGCUGCCUGGGCAUGUGA